AUGCCGCUGCUGGAUAUCCUUUGUGACUUGUGGCAUCCUGAGACGAAUCCUAACGGGUUUUUCAACCGGAACUUCCACCCACAUGAGCCAAUAACCGAGAAAGAACUUAUUGUCACAUCUGGUGCAGGUCAGGUGAUCGAGCUAAGCGGGUUCUCACUCUGUGACCCUGGCGACGGCGUUCUGCUUGCUCGUCCACACUAUGGCAACUUUCCUAUAGAUCUAGGAUUCCGAGCACAGGCAAAGGUAGUCGGGGUAUCAUUUGGGGACGUAGAUCCUUUGACCCUCGAGACUGUGGAUGUCUAUGAGAAAGCUCUUCUGGACGCGCAAUCUCAAGGAAUCCGUGUUAGGGCGCUUUUGUUGUGUAACCCACACAAUCCUUUAGGUCGUUGCUACACACGGGAGGUUCUCGAGGCAUACAUGCGAUUCUGCCAGGAACAUAAUCUCCACCUCAUCAGCGACGAAGUCUACGCUCUCUCAGUUUGGAAGAACCCCGAAGUACCCUAUGCUCCAGAGUUCACGUCACUGCUAGCUAUGAAUCCUGAUAAUAUUAUUGAUGGAAAUCUCAUCCAUGUUGUUUGGGGAAUGAGCAAGGACUUUGGCUCCAAUGGUAUCAAAGUAGGCUGCCUCAUUACCAGGAACGAAGCUUUUAUGCGUGCGUGUGAAGCAAACUCCUACUUCUCCGGUCCGUCGUCUCUCUCCGAUCUUACCACAUCACACAUUCUAUCAGAUAAUACCUUUAUCGAUAGUUUCGUAAAGACGAAUCGACUACGUCUUGCAGAGAACUACCUCAUCACGACUCGAAUUUUAGAAGAUCAUCACAUACCUUACAAAAAAGGCUCCAAUGCGGGCUUAUUCGUCUGGGCUGAUCUGUUCCAGCCCAUCCGCUCGGAGAUAAACGCAACUUUGCAGAAAGAAGUAGCAUCGGGUAAGACUACAGACCAAGUCCUGUGGGUCCUUGAGGAGAAGUUGCAGGAGACUCUGUUGGCGCAUAAAAUCUUCUUAGCGCGGGGGGCGGAUUUUGGAAGUGAUGGGCCGGGCUGGUUUCGUAUUGUGUUUGCUCACGAGAAGGCAUAUCUGCUUCUAGGUCUGGGGCGUGUUGUUGAGGCUGUCGACGUUUUCCGUCAAUCCUAG